AUGUCGCAUCGGUCUGCACUUGCUCAGCUUCGGGCACAACGUGCCUCUGGCAAAACACGUCUCGACACCUACCAAGUUGAGGACUUGGGUGCCAUCUACGAUGAGGUAGACGAGGACGGCUACAAAAAGGUCGUGCGAAGUCGGCUUGACAAAGAUGACUUUGUUGUCGAUGACAACGGAGAAGGUUACGCCGACGAUGGACGCGAGGAGUGGCAAAACGAACGAGUCUCCUACAGUAGUGAUGAAGGCGAAGAGCUUAAGCCUCGAUCAAAAGCUGCUAAACGAAAACGAGAGGAAGAUCGUGAGAAGGAAGACAAAUCCAACAACAAGAUUUUGAAUUAUUUCAACAACGGCCCUGUGGUUGCACCGAAACCUAAGAUACAAACCACCGCUGAAGAUGAAGCCUUCAUGGCCAAUUUGCUCGGCGAGGUCGACGCCAACAUCGUUCCGGCGCGCAGUUUUACCAAAAAAACCAUCAAAUCAGAAUCUCGUCGCAAAGUCAGAAUUCUCUCUCCUCCUCCCACCCGAGAUCAACCUCGACAGAAAUACCAGGUGAACUUGGCCGAUCCACCUCUACCUCAAGCAAUGGUGGAAGAAGACGAUAAUCUGCCUAUCAUGGGGGAUGAUGACGCCAUCAUGAGUGAUCCUCUUCCCUCGUCGCCUGUUGUGAAAGCUGUUGAGCGGAGAGCCAAGAUUCUGAUCAAAGAGGAGGAUGAGGAUGGAGAUAUGAUGGCUGUCGCGCAGGCUGUCGCGCACGAGGGCUCGACAACCACCAGUGUCAACAUGACAGGUAGUAAACCGCCGCCCAAGAUCAAACCGGCCCUGUUACCAACACCUGUAAAUUCUUCUCCUCCAUUGCCAGCCGUUUCUGAAGUCGAUGCUACGGCGUGGAACAACAUUACCAACAGACUCAGCGUCCAGAGUAGCCCUGCAUCCGAGACUCACGUCUUCGGCAAGAUGAAACCGCAAGAUGCUGUGGAAGAGGAUGGCAGCUUGCGAAUGUUCUGGCUUGACUACACCGAAGUAAAUGGCAGUCUUUGCCUGUUUGGAAAAGUCAAGCAUAAGUCGACAGGACAGUAUCUCAGUGCUUUUGUGAAGGUCGACAAUAUUCUUCGAAAACUAUUCUUCCUUCCAAGGAAGUGCAAAUACUCCAACGGGCGACAGACUACCGAGGAAGUUGAGAUGGAAAACGUUUUCGAAGAAGUAGAUGCACUCAUGUCAAAGAUGAAAAUCAAUACAAGGAAGGUAAAGCCUUGCAACAGAAAGUACGCCUUUGAGCUUCCAGAUGUUCCGAAAGAGUCCGAAUACUUGAAACUCUUAUACCCCUAUGAUAAGCCGACUUUACCGAUGGAUCUUCAAGGAGACACCUUUUCUAAAGUGUUCGGCACAAACACAGCCUUGUUCGAACAAUUUGUGCUAUGGAAGAACAUCAUGGGUCCCUGUUGGUUGAACAUCGAGGGUGCUGACUUUACUGCUGUGAACAAUGCCUCUUGGUGCAAACUUGAGUGCGCUGUUACAAAGCCUGCCAACAUCACAGUACUCAGCAAUACUGACACAUUAGAGACUCCCCGACUCACCCUAAUGUCUCUGUCAUUCCGCACGCAGCUCAACGUGAAGGAAAAUAAGCAGGAAAUUAUGAUUGCCUCUGCUCGAGUUUACGAAAACGUAUCCCUGACAGAUACUACUCAGCCAGAAAAGAUGCCGUCGAGGACAUUCACUGUGAUGCGACCAUCGGGAUCUUCUUACCCACUAGGCUUUGAGACUGAGACCAAGAAGCAGAAGGGAACCUUCUUUCUCGAAAAGAGUGAACAAUUCCUUCUGAGUAAAUUUCUCGCACUAUUUGAGAAGGUCGAUCCAGAUUGUCUCAUGGGCCACCAACUCCAAGAAGUCGAUUAUAGCAUUCUUCUCAGUCGUCUAAAGGAAAAGAAAACGCCUGGCUGGCACCGAAUCGGAAGGAUGAAGCGUGGCGAGUGGCCGAAGACGUUUGGAAAAGGUGGAUCAUCGUUCUUCGCUGAACGUCAACUGUUGGCUGGACGCUUGAUGUGUGAUCUUGCCAACGACAUGGGCAAGUCCCUCAUGAUGAAAUGCCAGCAAUGGAGUUUGACAGAGAUGUGCGAACUCUACCUCGGGCCUGACAAUCCUCGGCGGGAGCUUGAUAAUGAGGCUGCACUGAAGACAUGGGCUACGACACGUGAUGGGUUGAUGAAUUACGUUAAUCACUGCCUGGCUGACACCUUCUUUAUUGCUGCUCUCGCCAUAAAACUACAGCUUUUACCACUCACGAAAGUCCUCACUGAACUCGCAGGUAAUUCAUGGGCACGAACUUUGAGUGGAACUCGUGCGGAACGCAACGAAUAUAUCUUGCUACACGAGUUCCAUCGUAACAAGUAUAUCUGCCCAGACAAGGAGUAUGGUAAAGGACGAGCGAAAGCCAUAGAGGAACAUCAGGAAGGGGAAGAUGGUGCUGAUACUAAGAAAAAAGACAAGUACAAGGGAGGACUGGUCUUCGAGCCUGAGAAGGGGCUUUAUGACAAGUUCAUUCUCGUGAUGGACUUCAACAGCUUGUAUCCCAGCAUCAUUCAGGAGUACAACAUCUGCUUCACCACUGUGGACCGUUCGGCUACAUCUGAGAACGAGAAUGAAGAGAAGGUCCCGGAAGUGCCAGUGGAUCAGGCACAAGGCAUUCUUCCCAAACUUAUUUCAACGCUUGUUAUGCGUCGUCGAGAGGUGAAGAAGCUGAUGAGAGAUAAGCGCGCCACAGCAGAGCAAAUGGCACUGUGGGAUACCAAGCAGAUGGCCUUGAAGCUCACAGCCAACUCGAUGUAUGGCUGUCUGGGUUAUACUCAGUCUCGAUUCUACGCACGUCCACUUGCGAUGCUCACUACCUUCAAAGGAAGAGAGAUUCUAAGGAGUACCAAAGAGCUUGCGGAGAGCAAUCAACUACAGGUCAUAUACGGGGACACAGACUCGGUCAUGAUCAACACCAAUGCAGACACGAUUGCCCAAGCUCUAGCUGUUGGCAAAGAGUUCAAGAACUCAGUCAACGAACGAUACAAGCUUUUGGAGAUAGAUAUUGACAAUGUCUUCCGACGAUUGCUGCUUCAUGCUAAGAAGAAGUACGCAGCCAUCAACAUGGCUGAAAUCGACGGCAAGUACGUUGAGAAACUUGAAGUCAAGGGCCUCGACAUGAAGCGCAGAGAAUACUGUGCUCUUUCCAAGGAGGCCUCUCAAAAGCUGUUAAACGAAAUCUUAUCUGGCGAAGAUUCGGAAGUUGUCUUGGAGAAGAUCCAUGAAUAUCUCCGAGAAUUGGCAACCAAAAUGAGAGAAAAUAGUAUUCCGGUUCAGAAAUAUGUGAUAUACACCAAAUUGGGUAAAAAUCCCACAGACUACCCCAACAAAGACUCCAUGCCACAAGUGCAAGUAGCGCUUCGUGAGAUAUCUCGUGGCAAAAAUGUUCGAGUCAACGAUGUCAUGUCGUAUAUUGUUACCAUGGGAGAUGAUGAAACGAAGAGCUUACCGGCACCGAAACGAUCGUACACACCUCAAGAUGUCUUGAAAGCGGACUCCAAUCUGGUUCCCGAUUUUGAAUACUACUUGUACAAGCAGAUUUUCCCUCCAAUUGAACGACUAUGUGCCCCAAUUCCCGGCACUGACUCUGUUCGACUCGCGGAGUGCCUGGGUCUUGAUGUACGCAAAUAUCAGAUUAGCACCAAUACUGGAAACGAACGACAGAAUUCGGAAAUCUUUCCUCUCGAGUCCCAGAUUCCUGACAGUGUUCGAUUCCAAGAUGCUGCUCGCUUGAGCCUUCGUUGUGGGCAUUGCAAGGACAUCUCAUUAUUUGAAGGACUCUGUGAAUCCACAGCAAUCGCCACGCCAGAUGGAAUUGUGUGCAGCAAUAGUGAAUGCCAAAAGUCAUUCACAAAUAUGUCCGUCAUCAUGCAGCUUGAUGCACAAAUUCGAGCCCAAACUUGCGCAUACUACGAAGGCUGGCUGGUUUGUGACGAUUCAUCGUGUGGGAACCGCACUCGCCAGAUGUCAGUGUAUGGUCACAGAUGCCUGGGACCAAAUGGAAGAGCAGAGGGGUGCCUAGGGCGAAUGUCUUUCGAAUACUCCGAGAAGAAGCUGUACAACCAGCUCUUGUACUUUGCCACAAUUUUUGACGUGGAGAAGGCGAAGAGCAAGGCGAGAUCGGACAAGGAGUACACGAAUUCGAAGGACCGGAUCGUCGUCCUUGCAGAGGCGAACAAGGAGAGAUUUGAGAAUGUCAAGGCUUUAGUUGACGCAUACUUGAAGAAGUGCGGUCGCCAAUGGGUAGAGAUGGAUACCUUGUUCGGAUUCGCAUUGAAGUAG